GGCCCCUCAGCUGAGGAAAAUGGCCGACGUUGAAAUGGACAUCGCGUCCACAAGAAUGAAUAAUGGCAACGAACACGUGAAGCAGGAUCUGGAGAGCCAUGAAAGGAGUGGGAAUGAGGACAGCGGAGACAUGUCUGAGGAAGAAGAGGAGGAAGAGGAGGAGGCAGAGACAAAUGGCGAGAAGACAGAAGAGGGGUCCAAACAUCACGGCAGCAGCGGCAAACACAAGAGGAAAAAACACAAGCAUCGCAGUAAGCACAAAAAACACAAGCAUGCCUCUGAUGAGGACAAGGACCGCAAACGCAAGCACCGUCACAAACACAGGAAACACAAACGCAAGGAGGGCUCCUCGCCCUCCAGCGCUGCCCUCUUUGCCCCCUCCGGCCACAGAAAAAUCGAAUCCUCUCCCUCCUCCGGAAAUCCAAGUCUGGACGACAGGGCCCUGCUGGAGGAUUUGGAGAAACAGAGGGCCAUGAUCAAAGCUGAGCUGGACAGCCAGUUGAUGGAGGGGAAGGUCCAGUCCGGCAUGGGCCUCAUCCUUCAGGGUUAUAACUCUGGAUCUGAAGAGGACGGAGAUGCGAGGAUCAGAAAUGGAGAACAGCGUCAAAGGGGCAGCUCAGGUAAAACUGUUUCUCCCAGAGGGGGGAAAAGUGGGAAAUCUAGACGGGACUCAACAGAGGGCAGUAAGUCCAGCUCCAAGCGUCGAAGUCGGAGUAAGUCUGCGGACAGGCUCGGACAGGCCAAGGAGUCUAAGCAGGACAAGGUGACCAAAACCCCCAAGGACACAGCUGUCAAAGACAGAGGCCGCGGGCGAAGCAGGUCGAAAGACAGAAAACAUUCGGACAGCACUGACAGGUCCAAGGACAGAACCAGGAAGUCCACCUCCCCGACCAGCUGGAGAUCAGAGCAGAAAGGCAGCCGCACUGAUAAACGUUCCUCUCCACCGCGGGAUGAUAGACCAAACCAGGAGAGAGCGAGCCGGCGGUCCAGAUCACCUGGACGAGAACGACCAAGUCGCCCCGAUGCCGACCGGGACAAACGGCCGGCCAAGUCCCCAUCCAAGGACGCGUCGUCGGGGAAGGAGAACCGCUCACCUCACAGACGAGGGGCUCACAGCCCCAUAAGGAAACGCAGUGCUUCCCCCCGCCACAGAGAUUCCCACCACCCCUCGGCUAGUGCCUCAGAAAGGACAACGAAACAGAGCCACUCUCCAUCCAGAACAAGGUCUCCUCCCAGGAGAGCCCGCAGCCGCUCGCCAGACACCAGGAGGAGGGACGCUGACAGGCAGGACUCGCCACUGAGAACAUCCAGUUCAGCUUGUCCGUCCCCCUCGUAUUUGUACAGGAAGCGCCCUCGGCCAGAUGCAGGGCCAGGCAGAGAUCGAUCACGAGAGAACAGUCCCAGAUCGGCCGCUCGCCGCAGGAUGAGUCGCUCGCCUCUGAGACGGAGGUCCCCAUCACCACGACGACGCUCCCGCUCUUCCCCCCGCAGACGGAGCAGGUCUCCUCUGGCACACAGGUCUGGGGAGAGAGACAGGUAUGGACGGCUUAGACAGUACCGGCGCUCAACGUCCCGAGAUCGGGAGAGGAGACGAAGACGUAGCAGAGAUGAGGACAAGUUCAAGGGCAGCCUCUCAGAGGGCAUGAAGGUGGACCAGGAGUCCUCAGAGGAAGAAGUGUUAGAGGACUUUGAUGGAGAGGAAGUAGAUGAAGAGGCUCUCAUUGAACAGCGCCGGCAGCAGCGAUUGGCUAUUGUCCAGAAAUACAAGGUCGUGAAUGAGGACACCAACAUGGUGUCGGAGCCCAGCAGCCCUCAGAGCAGCACACGCAGCCGUUCGCCCUCGCCCGAUGACAUCCUGGAGAGAGUAGCCGCAGAUGUCAAGGAGUAUGAACGCGAGAACCUCAACACCUUCGAGGCCAGCAUCAAAGCCAAGCACAACCUCAUCGCCCAGGAGAAAGACGGAGCCAACCCAAAGAAGCCUUCAGCCCCCGACAUGUUUACAGAGUCUGAUGACAUGUUUGCUGCUGACUUUGAUAGUGCCAGGAUGAGAGCAGCAGGUGUAGGAAAAGACUUCAAGGAGAACCCCAACCUCAGGGAUAACUGGACUGACGCUGAGGGUUACUACCGGGUGAAUAUCGGAGAGACACUCGACAAGCGCUAUGAUGUUUAUGGCUACACUGGUCAGGGAGUAUUCAGCAACGUGAUCAGAGCCAGGGACACUGCCAGGGCCGGCCAGGAGGUGGCAGUCAAGAUCAUCCGAAACAAUGAGCUCAUGCAGAAGACGGGUUUGAAAGAGUUAGAAUUCCUCAAAAAGCUGAACGAUGCUGAUCCUGAUGACAAGUUUCACUGCCUUCGCCUCUUCAGGCACUUCUACCACAAACAGCAUCUUUGUCUUGUGUUCGAGCCUCUCAGUAUGAAUUUGCGAGAGGUGUUGAAGAAAUACGGUAAAGACGUUGGGCUCCACAUCAAGGCCGUGCGUUCGUACAGUCAGCAGCUCUUCUUGGCUCUCAAGCUGCUCAAACGAUGCAACAUCCUCCAUGCUGAUAUCAAGCCGGACAACAUCCUGGUGAACGAGUCAAAGACCAUUUUGAAGCUGUGUGAUUUCGGUUCUGCGUCCCAUGUCGCUGACAACGACAUCACACCGUACCUGGUCAGCAGAUUCUACAGAGCUCCAGAAAUUAUCAUAGGAAAGCCUUACGACUAUGGGAUUGACAUGUGGUCUGUUGGCUGCACUUUAUAUGAGCUUUACACUGGCAAAAUCCUGUUUCCCGGAUCUUCCAACAAUCACAUGAUCAAACUAGCUAUGGACCUCAAGGGCAAGAUGCCCAACAAGAUGAUCCGUAAAGGCUUGUUCAAAGACCAGCACUUCGAUCAGAAUUUGAACUUCCUGUACAUUGAAGUAGACAAAGUGACUGAAAGGGAGAAGGUGACGGUGAUGAGCACCAUCAACCCCACCAAAGACCUGCUGGCGGACAUGAUCGGAGGCCAGCGACUGCCCGAGGACCAGAGGAAGAAGGUGAUGCAGCUGAAGGACCUGCUGGAUGGCACCCUGAUGCUGGACCCGGCCAAACGCAUCAGCAUCAACCAGGCUCUGCAGCACCCCUUUAUCCAGGAGAAGAUCUGACACCCUGAACGCCACACACUCCCAGAGCAGACAACCACUAAAGCAGCUCUGACAGGAACUCUGCAGCGACGCAGCCGACCCACAGACUUCUACUCAGAAUGUCAUGGAUUUUUGUUCUUCCUCAACUUUAUUUUGUUUAUGGAUACAUAAUUGUGUUUUAUUGUAAAUAGAUCAUUGAAAUGGUAGCCAUUAUUGAAGAUUUUUUGCGUAAAAUUUCCCCUCAUACCCAGCAAUGCAGUUACGGACUUUUUCUUUCUUUUUUUUUUUUUUUUUAUUUAACUGGCAUUGGAGUGACAGAUGUUUAAAAGAAAAAUAUAAUUCCUGUAAAUACUGUAUGUCUAUUGCAUUAACAAUCUCAAGCAGCAGACGGUUGAGUUUUGUCGUAGUUGCAGAUGACUAAAAACAUCAUUUUUUAAAAACCACAAUUCUCAUUGUGGGGCGAUGCAUGCUUUUGAAUGUGCACCCUUUGUGCUCUAGAUUUCUGUGGUGCAGGCCUGUGUAAAUGCUCUGUAUGUGCAUCAGUGUCCCACAUGUGAUGGCAAACCCCUAACCAAGUCUUCAAGCCUUGAGGACUGUGCUGAAGGAAUAGACGCAUAUUAUGUACUCCUUGAACAAGAUUUUUUUUUCUCAAAGCAGGUAGUCAUUGUUUUCUGUUGCUGGACAUUUCCAUGUUUUUUACCUCCCUCCCCCCUCCAGCACUCUGGCUCGGUCCUGGCUCUCAAGGCUCUCACAUUCAAGUGCCUCCCGUAUGAGCCUCGUGUGUUAAAACACCCAACAAUGCGGGCCUGUUGAAGCCACACCUGUGACCCUUCCUCUCCCACUGUUGUAUAUAGUCCAUAGUUACUGUCAUUUCAUGUGUGGUUAAUUUUGUUUUUUUCCAUUAAGUGGUAAAAAAACAACCUUGUGAUUUCAAUAAAGAAUAGUUGUGGAAACGCUGCUGAAAGAGCACCUUCAGUAUAAGACAACUUUUUAGUAAUAAAAUGUUUCCUAUUGUAUACCAAAA